AUGGAGGGGAAGAAGCUGGCUGUGAGGUGGUUGGAACACAACUGUCGCUACCAGUACAUGGAUGAACUUCUUCAGCAUGUCCGUUUUGGCCUUAUGGAUGUGGAUACGCUGCAUACCGUAGCUCUUUCUCAUCCUCUCGUCCAAGCCAGCGAAACUGCGACGGCACUUAUUAACGAGGCCUUGGCUUACCACCAGAGUGUCUAUGCACAGCCGGUUUGGCAAACCAGAAGGACAAAACCUCGCUUCCAGUCGGACACUCUUUACAUUAUUGGCGGGAAAAAACGUGAAAUCUGUAAAGUGAAGGAAUUGCGAUACUUCAAUCCGGUAGAUCAAGAGAAUGUUCAUAUCGCAGGGAUUGCAAACUGGAGCGAGCUGGCGCCCAUGCCGGUAGGGAGAAGCCACCACUGUGUUGCUGUCAUGGGAGACUUUCUCUUUGUCGCUGGUGGAGAGGCAGAGCACUCCACGGGGCGCACUUGUGCCGUGAGGACUGCCUGUCGCUACGACCCCCGCACCAACUCUUGGGCUGAGAUAGCGCCGAUGAAGAACUGCCGGGAGCACUUUGUGCUGGGAGCGGUGGACGAGUACCUCUAUGCAGUAGGAGGCAGAAAUGAACUGCGUCAAGUGUUACCUACAGUGGAACGCUAUUGUCCCAAGAAGAACAAGUGGACCUUUGUACAGUCCUUCGAUCGAUCGCUCUCCUGCCAUGCGGGAUAUGUGGUGGAUGGUCUUCUUUGGAUAUCAGGAGGAGUGACAAAUACUGCACAGUAUCAAAACAGGCUCAUGGUCUAUGAUCCGAAGCAGAACACGUGGCUAAGCCGUAGCCCGAUGCUGCAGAGGAGAGUGUAUCACUCCAUGGCUGCUGUCCAGAGGAAACUUUACGUGUUAGGUGGGAAUGAUCUCGACUACAACAACGAUCGGAUCCUGGUUCGGCACAUAGACUCCUACAGCAUAGACGCCGACCAGUGGACGCGUUGCAGCUUCAACAUGCUGACAGGUCAAAAUGAGUCUGGAGUCGCCGUCCACAAUGGUAGAAUAUAUUUAGUUGGCGGCUAUUCGAUUUGGACAAAUGAGCCCUUGGCGUGUAUCCAGGUGCUGGACGUUAGCAAGGAGGGGAAGGAAGAAGUCUUCUAUGGGCCUACACUCCCCUUCGCUUCCAACGGAAUAGCAGCGUGCUUUCUUCCAGCUCCUUAUUUCACGUGCCCCAACCUUCAGACUCUGCAAGUGCCUCACCACAGGAUCGGCACCAUGUGA